ACAAUUUAUUUUUUGGCAGUAAAUACAUUGGUUUAAAUAAGUUAUUACUAAAUGUCAGAAAAUAUGUUAAGAGAAUCAUCUGCAGAACUAAACGAAAGUGAAAAUGAUGAAGAAUACUUCUAUUCUUCUGAAGAUCAGAUAGAAAGGUUAGAGAAAAAGGAGAAACAAAAUUGUUGUCGCACUUGGCUAAAGUGCUUAUCGUUAACCUCAAUUAUACUGUCUUUAUUAGCCUUAAUUGUCGUUGCGAUUAUAGGAUUUGCAAUCUUACCAUAUAUUUGGGGAUACCGUUCUUGGGAGUAUAAAUUGAUGAAAUACGGUAAAAUCUGGCAACAUUUUAUGAAUCCAGAAAAUCCCACAGUUGUAAAAAUAUUUAUUUAUCAGGUAGAUAAUUACAAAAAGUUUUACAAGAAUACUACAGGGCACCCAUCGGUUUACACUCGAGGUCCAUUUGUUUAUAGGAAACAUAGGAGUAUUCUCACCGCAAAUAUUAAUCAAGAAAAAGAUACAGUAACAUAUAAAGCUCGAACCAGAUACGUUUUUGAUGAUAGCAGAUCGAAUAUGUCGCAAAACUAUAAAAUAAAUACUUUUAAUGUUCCUUUGUUGAUAAUUUUGUCUUUAAAUUCUACGAGGCCAAAAGGACAAACAAGCGCGGAUGGCAUCUUUCGAGACAUGGAAGCUUUUGGCUCGGAACAAUCUUUAGUACUGGAAAAUGGGAUCUCGGUUAGAGAUUUUUUAUUUGAGGGGCAACCAUUUUGUUUUCCUACAGAAAACAUUCAUGCUAGGGCUAUGUGUAAUAUGGUUAGAUCAGAGUUAGUCUCUAAAAGCCAUAAUUCCUUUUUUAGAAUAGGAGGUGAAAACACCCUUCUAUUUUCUGUAUUGGGAAGCAAACAUAAUUCGGAUGAAGGUGAAAUUUCCCUUUGUCUUGGAAGCAAAUCAUUCACAAAAAAAGAUACUGGUUUUAUCAAAGCAAUAAACCUCAAACAGGAAUUAAAUGCCUGGCUAUCAUAUCCAGACAGCACUUGCAAUAAAAUAGAUGGUUUUUACAGUUUUUUUCCGGCUGUAACUAAAUUUUACGAGGAAUUUUAUAUUUUCAUUCCGGAAUUAUGCAGCAAAUUCAAGUUUGUGAGAGUAAAAAAUUACACUCGAUAUACAAGAUAUGAGGUGGAUAUAAAUAGCUUAAUAGGAAAUGAAAAAGGUUACCAAUGUCAUGGUACUGGCACCGUAAAGGAUAUUGAUGAUAUUUAUAGAUUACAGUUGAAACGAGGAGCAACAGACCUGACCAAAUGCUUAGAAGGUUAUCCCUUUAUAUCAACCCCACCAUACUUUGGCCUUCCUGAUGAAUAUAGAGAACAAAGUUUCUUAGUUGAAAAAGAUAUAAUGGAUAAUCAAAAGUGGUAUUUAGAAAUAGAUUACUUAAAUGAUACUGGCGUUUGUAUAAAAAUGGUUGUGAAGAUUCAAUAUAAUUUGUUUAUCAGGCAUGAAGAAGGAAUCGAAGUUUUUCAAAAUUUGAAAAAAACUGUAAUAGUACCAAUAUUCUGGUAUGAAGAGUCGCUAACAUACACAUACGAGCAAUUCGAGGAGUCAGCCCAAACAAUGUCGGAUAUUUAUGAGAAAAGAGCGGACCAACUGAAUUUGGCACGAUAUAUAGCAAUAGGAAUAUGUAUUUUUAUAGUUCUUCUUGGUUGUUGCAUGUUUUUAAUUCACCUAUGUUGUAAUCAUUGUAGCUUGUAGCAGAAAAAGAAAUAGAAACGAAUAAAAUUUAGAAAUAUUGA